AAAUCUUGCUAUGCUUCGCUGACUGAGUAAAACGAAGAAGGAAGAAUAGAGGUUGUAGAAGAAGAGUUUAUGUGUUUACUUUCGGUGUUGUUGUUUGGACUAUACUGUAUAAAUCCCAUGUAUCCCAUGCAAUUCUUAACCAUUUGGAUUCACCAUGACCUUGAAUAUGUAUAAUCUAUUUGGGGACACCGAGGCGGGAUUACGUUUUUGUGAACCAAGCAAGCAGAAUAAACCAGUUUAACCACGGGUCAGUUCCAACUUCCCCUACACUCUUUAAGUCUUGUAUGUACCACUACACAUAUCUUCGUCUUUCGAAACACGACACGAUGCAUUCUGUGAAGGAGCAGUACAGGGACAUAAACCCCGUGACGGUGAACGUUAUAGAAGCGAACGUCACGUCGAGUCUGUACUGCGGCGCGGUCCACGGGCUCGAUGCCCCUGGUGCUGAUCUAGUCGAAGCCUUUCUCGUAGAACUGUAUCGCUGCAGGGUGUGUCAGUUCACAAGCAGCCUGAAGAGCAGCAUCAAGACCCAUUUGCUGAAUUCCCAUGACGACCUGCCUCCCGCGAUGGCCUCCUCCGGCUUUGAGGAAGAGGAGGCUGUAGUGAUGGAGCAAAUAGCCCCCCGCACCCCCGACUCUCCCUAUCACCUGGAACUCGAGCUCACGUCCGAGUCCAAUCACAGUGACGAUGACCCCAUGGAUCACAUGGGUCUGGACCGCAUGUCCUUCCUGCUGCCCAUGUACGGCAUUCUGCCCAGCAUGAGUCCACGAUCAUGUGACAUGGGCAUGAGUUCGAACUGUGACGGUGGUCUUCAAGUGGCGGAGACCUGUGAGGUCAGCACUCUGUUUGAGGAUGAAGAUGACGAAGAGGAGGAGGAGGAGGAGGGGGCAGAUGGAGAGGAGCCCACCAUCUUCCAACUGAAGGCCUCCUGCCCCCUGGUCCGCCCACCCAACCAGCUGGACGACCAGCUGGCCCAGUCCGCCCACCUCAUGACCCUGGGGCUCUGCCGGAUCUCCAAGACCCCCAACGUGUCCACUCCCCCGGCUCAGGUGCCCGCUUCUGUGCUGGAUGACAAGGUGGCCCCGCCUGCGUCCGCGGACCCGCUGGGCUCCAGAGGGCCAGCUGGCCAACAGGGGGUGAAGGCAGAGGAGAGGCCGGCCAGCGGAGGGUGUCGACGGUGUGGCCGGAGAAUGAGGAGGCAGGGGAAGACGAAGAGCGGCAAGACGCAGAGCUGCCGUGCGUGCCAGCGCUCCGAUAGAACCCAGCACGCCGGUGACGCGCGAGCACCUCACAGACACUCACAGACACUCACCGCUACCGCACAAAGCACCAAGGCAGCUGCUGAGCACCACACGCACACACCCAACGCGCAGAGAGCUGGCAAGGGCAAGCGACACACAUUGAGCAUACAGUCGUCAGGAACACACACAGAGGGCACACGGACAGACCGCACACGCACGCCAAAGGCAUUCGCGUGCAGCCGUGACGCAUGGCUGAGCGGUGUGUUCUGUGACUACAAAGGUGCAGCGGUUGUCACACACAAAACUGAGGAGGAAAUCGAUCGCCGCCUCUCACCAAGACUGACAGACACACCUUCUUCUUACCAACCAACCAGUAGGGGGCGGAGCCACAAUGGGGCAGAAUCCACCCAACCUCACAGGACCAGGAAGCAGAGCAGAAGCCCAGAGGGGAACACGGGAUCGAAGAAGAAAGCCCCCAAGGAGACCAUUGGUCGAAGGGACCUGUGCUGUCUGCUCUGUGACAGGAAGUUCUGCAGCAGGCUGACCCUGCGUCGUCACAUGGGCAUCCACCAGGGUAGCAAGCCUUACAGCUGCCAGCUGUGCCCCUACCGCAGCCGCCUCAAGGCCUCCCUGCUGCAGCACAACCGCAUCCACACAGGGGAGAAACCGUUCCAGUGUCCUGACCCGGGCUGUUCCUACGCCUCCAUUGACCGCAGCUCCCUGCUGCGUCACUCCCGCACACACACACAGCAGAAACCCUACCACUGUCAGCACUGCUCCUAUAGCUGCAUACAGAAGAAGUGUCUGGACCUCCACGCCCGCCGCCACCACACGGGCGAGUCGUUCCCAUGCCAACAGUGUCCGUACUCCAGUCCGGAUCGCCAGCUCCUUCUGCGACACGUGCAACGGCACCACUUACCCCUCGCAGCGUUACCAUGACAACCCUCACAACGACUUUAAACCACAACCCAUAGUGAUUGCAGUUUUUAUACACGUCACAGGUCGCUAGGACGUGACCAGUACAACCACAACUAGAUUUUUGUAUAUUUUCUUUAAUAAAAUAAUGGAUUUAAGAA